AUGGUAGACUCGGACAUCCCCUUCAACCAUGGCUGCAUCAAGCCGAUCUCCAUCAUCACCCCCGAUAAAUCGCUCCUCAACCCAAGCGUCGAGGCAGCUGUCUGCGCCGGCAAUGUAUUGACGUCGCAGCGAAUAGUCGAUGUCAUCUUCAAAGCAUUCCGAGUCUGCGCCGCAAGCCAAGGCUGCAUGGAUAAUUUCACCUUCGGUCUAGACGGCGACAACGGCUUCGGGUAUUACGAGACUAUUGCGGGUGGUAGCGGAGCCGGGCCGGGAUGGAAUGGGACCAGCCUGGUUCAUACAGAUAUGACCAACACGAGAAUCACAGACCCAGAAUCGCUCGAGCAGCGGUAUCCAGUCAUUCUACGGCGAUUCUCGUUUCGACCUGCCAGUGGUGGGAAAGGAGCUUGGAACGGUGGCGAGGGUGUGAUCCGCGAUGUGGAAUUCCGACUUUCCAUGUCCGCUUCUAUCCUGUCUGAGCGCCGCAGUUUGGCCCCAUACGGUCUAGAAGGGGGAGCAGGUGGGCAGCGUGGUCGGAAUUCUUGGGUGAGUCGGAGAUCGGGGCUGAAGAGCUCAGUUGGGGGAAGAAUUCGGUUCAUGUGGAGCAGGGGGGUUGGGUGA